AAAUUCUUAAGAGAAUCGUGAUAUUAAUAACUUAAAUCGAGCCGCCAGCUAUUAUUAUAUGUUAAGCUUGUUCCUGCUAUAGCCCCUUGGUGAAACAUAAGAAGACUAUAUAUCAGGCUGCAUUUCGAGAUAUAGCUCAGGGUAUUUUGACUCAUAAAUACGAGCAUUGAGGGAUUGGAAUCCCCCCCAAAAAACUCAUUCAUCACUUUUUUUUUCUAGGUAUCACCAGUUUUUUUAUUUUUUUAUUUUUUCCACUUUUCGAAUUUUGUCAACCAACUCUGUCUUUUUUUUUUUUCCUCAACCUCUCAGCUUUACACCUGCAAUGAGCGCCGCAGCACAGAGCAGAUCCGCCAACCGCCACCCCCCGGCGAGCGAGUCUGGGGAUUCGGACUCGCGGGAUGAGGAGGACUGGAGCGAUGCCGAGGAGGAAGACGACGAUGAGGAAGAAACUCCCGAGGUCAUCUCGCUGCUUGAUGACAGGGUCUUCCCCGAUGUCAUGUCCAUGCUUGCGCACUGCAGAGAGAAGCACGGAUUCGACUUUCUGGGCGUUCGACAGCGGUUGCAGCUUGAUUUCCACGGCUGCGUCAAGCUUGUGAAUUUCAUUCGCCAGCGGGUGCAUGAGGGCCUAUCCGUGACGGAAGACAUCUCGUGGCCCGACAUCGACCACGAGCAGUACCUCAAGCCCGUCCUAGACGAUGAUGCCGUCAUCUUAGGUCUAUUUGACCUGCCGGAACUCAAGCCGGCUGUGCAAGGUAGCAAUGGCAAUGGAAAUGGCGAGAACGCGGCGCUAGUUGAUGACCUACUGAAGCGCAACAGCGAGCUCCAGGAGGAGCUAGCCCGUGUUAAGACCCAGUUCGACAGCUACCGCGUUGCCGUGCAGCAGACUCUUGACGAGCGCUGGGGCGACGUCGAUCAGGCUGAGGCCGAAUCUUCUGCCGCUGUCAAAGCGGGCAAGGGGAAGGAGGAUGGCGAGAAGAAGGAGGAUGACUCUCAGUACUACUGGGACUCGUACGCUGGAGUCGAUAUUCACGAGACGAUGCUGAAGGAUGCGGUGCGCACCGACGCAUAUCGGGACUUCAUCUAUAACAAUAAGCACCUCUUUGCAGGCAAGACUGUGCUGGACAUAGGAUGCGGUACAGGAAUCCUAAGCAUGUUCUGCGCCCGCGCCGGCGCAGCCAAAGUCAUCGCGGUCGACGCAAGCGCCAUCAUCACCAAAGCGCAGGAGAACAUCUUCCACAACAACCUGUCCUCGAUCAUAACCUGCGUGCGCGGCCGCAUCGAGGACGUCGCCCUGCCCGUCGACGAGGUCGACAUCAUCGUGAGCGAGUGGAUGGGCUACUGCCUGCUCUUCGAAGCCAUGCUGCCCUCCGUCCUGUUUGCCCGCGACCGCUACCUCAAGCCCGACGGCCUGCUCGUCCCUUCGCACGCCAACAUCUGGCUCGCCCCCGUCGCCGACCCCCAGUACGUCGCCGACAACAUCACCUUCUGGCGCGACGUCUACGGCUUCGACAUGCGCGCCAUGCAAGCCGGCAUCUACGACGAGGCCCGCGUACUCACCUGGCCCGCAUCCUCCGCCCCCGCCGACCCGAACAGCACCAUCCCCGGGAGCCCCAGCGCCUUCAAGCUGCUGGACCUGUACCAAGUGCAGACCGCGGACCUGUCUUUCACCGCGCCCUUCGCCACCACGCUGGCUCGCGACAACGUCGACGCGCUGGACGGCUACCUGCUCUGGUUCGACAUGUUCUUCUCGCCGACGCGCGACCCCGCGCGCAGCGCCGUGGCCCUCGACUCCACGGCCGAGGCCUGGGCCGCCGCGGACCCGCAGAACCGCGUGGCCUUUACGACGGGCCCGCACGGCCGCGAGACGCACUGGAAGCAGGGCCUGCUGCUGUGCAAGCCGAAGGCGGAGAACGCGUCGGCCGCGAAGAUGAGCAGCCGCGGCGGCGAGGAGAUCAGGGGCGAGAUCUCGUUCUCCAUCCCCGAGGACCACGCGCGCGGCUUGGUCAUCAAGGUCGCCUGGAACGGCAACAGGACCCAGAGUUGGUCUUUACGAUAGAGAGGGGGAGGAGGAGGAUCUGGGAAUGGAAAUGGAAAUGCAUUGGAAACGGGGGAGAAAGAAAGAAAGAAAGGAAGGAAGGAAGGAAGAGUGAUAGAUCACGUACGGUAGCUAAUGACGGUAACUGUGCCCAAUGAUUCAAUUUUCAAUGUACCUUAUGGGAGAAGUCAUAGAUGCUUAAUACCGUAAAAGUAGUACUGUUUAAGCUAUCUUCUUGUAUAUCUGAAGCUUAGGUACCUAACCUACAUGAUCGGAGCAGAAUACACAUAGGAGGUACUAUAACAGACUUAGGUACCUAAGAUAGAUGCCCCAUCAUAAAAAUGCCAGAACUGUUAACCUGUUGAA